AUGGAGUUGAUUAAGAAGAGGACAAGAACAAGAUUAUCCUACAAGGAUUACGGAAUUAUAUUCUGCUUGCUGUGUAAUGGAGCACAACCUUUUUCAACAUGUGAAUUAGACGACGAAAUAACAAUUUAUGAGAGAGUUCUACAGAUCAAUGAUGUAUAUUUGAUUGAACUAUUCAAAUGUUUCAUUAAUCCUCAAGACGUUCCAUGUGAGAAGUCUCUGAAAUUAAUUUUAAAUAAUUUCGUUGAUGAUGAAGAUUCCUUUUUGCGUCGACACACACCCUUGCACAUGGCAGCCACAUUGCCAAAUGCGAACGUAACAAUCACUCUUUUGAACAAGAAAUUAUGUUGUGAGGAGAAAACCACAAACGAGGAAACACCGAUAUUCUUUGCUGUGAAAAACAACCAGAUGGAACAAGUGAAAACCCUUGUGAAAUACGGAGCCAACCUCAGAGCGAGGGACAUAAACAGCAAUACAGUACUUCAUGCAUUAUGUUCUGAAGAAGGAGAGAUUAAUAUCGAACUGUUAGAAUUUUUAUUAAAUGUCGGUUGUGACCAAAAUUCAUUUGGCAAAAAUUCGUGUACCCCUUUACAGAUGCUUGCUGAAAAUGGAAGAAUAAAUAAUGCAUUGGAGUGUGCAGAAUUACUGAUCAGAAGAGGAGCUGAUGUCAAUUUGCAAAACCUUCACGGCGACACAGUUCUGCAUACAUUAUCCUACUCUUGUGACGAAUCCCAGUUCAUUCUCUUUCUCGAAUUACUGUUGAAGAGUAAAGCUGACACGAAUAUAGUCAAUCAUGACAACAAAACAUUUUUGGAUGUAUUAUUAUUGGACUGCUGCCAUUCUAGACGACAUACUAUUUUGAAACAUCUGAUUUUGUUAGAUAUCAAUGGAAAAUAUCAAUUCUGUGUUAAUCCAAUUCAUUGUGAUUCGUUGGAUGUCGAUUUCCAGAAAAGGAGUAGAAAAGAAUUGCUUCAUUUACGGUCCCGCAAAAUAGCUCAAUUCCAAUCACAACCGGAAUAUUCUCUGGUGAGAAUACUAAGUUCGACUGUAAGGGAAGUGUCCAGAUUGUGUUGGAAUCAAACAUUGAUAACAGCCAUGUCUGAAUUCAAGGAAAGAAAAUUCCCAAUUUACGGUCGUGAACUCAAAUGCAAAUUUGAAGCUGGGUUAAGACUAUUCCUGGAACAACAAGCAGCUCAUGAAUUUUUCACUGUCGUCUCUAAAGGAAAGCUCAAUUAUUAUACCAUAAUCGAAAUUUUAAAAUACAUACCAGUACAAGAAGUGGAGUUGAUUAAGAAGAGGACAAGAACAAGAUUUUCCUACAAGGAUUACGGAAUUAUAUUCUGCUUGCUGUGUAAUGGAGCACAACCUUUUUCAACAUGUGAAUUAGACGACGAAAUAACAAUUUAUGAGAGAGUUCUACAGAUCAAUGAUGUAUAUUUGAUUGAACUAUUCAAAUGUUUCAUUAAUCCUCAAGACGUUCCAUGUGAGAAGUCUCUGAAAUUAAUUUUAAAUAAUUUCGUUGAUGAUGAAGAUUCCUUUUUGCGUCGACACACACCCUUGCACAUGGCAGCCACAUUGCCAAAUGCGAACGUAACAAUCACUCUUUUGAACAAGAAAUUAUGUUGUGAGGAGAAAACCACAAACGAGGAAACACCGAUAUUCUUUGCUGUGAAAAACAACCAGAUGGAACAAGUGAAAACCCUUCUGAAAUACGGAGCCAACCUCAGAGCGAGGGACAUAAACAGCAAUACAGUACUUCAUGCAUUAUGUUCUGAAGAAGGAGAGAUUAAUAUCGAACUGUUAGAAUUUUUAUUAAAUGUCGGUUGUGACCCGAAUUCAUUUGGCAAAAAUUCGUGUACCCCUUUACAGAUGCUUGCUGAAAAUGGAAGAAUAAAUAAUGCAUUGGAGUGUGCAGAAUUACUGAUCAGAAGAGGAGCUGAUGUCAAUUUGCAAAACCUUCACGGCGACACAGUUCUGCAUACAUUAUCCUACUCUUGUGACGAAUCCCAGUUCAUUCUCUUUCUCGAAUUACUGUUGAAGAGUAAAGCUGACACGAAUAUAGUCAAUCAUGACAACAAAACAUUUUUGGAUGAAUUAUUAUUGGACUGCUGCCAUUCUAGACGACAUACUAUUUUGAAACAUCUGAUUUUGUUAGAUAUCAAUGGAAAAUAUCAAUUCUGUGUUAAUCCAAUUCAUUGUGAUUCGUUGGAUGUCGAUUUCCAGAAAAGGAGUAGAAAAGAAUUGCUUCAUUUACGGUCCCGCAAAAUAGCUCAAUUCCAAUCACAACCGGAAUAUUCUCUGGUGAGAAUACUAAGUUCGACUGUAAGGGAAGUGUCCAGAUUGUGUUGGAAUCAAACAUUGAUAACAGCCAUGUCUGAAUUCAAGGAAAGAAAAUUCCCAAUUUACGGUCGUGAACUCAAAUGCAAAUUUGAAGCUGGGUUAAGACUAUUCCUGGAACAACAAGCAGCUCAUGAAUUUUUCACUGUCGUCUCUAAAGGAAAGCUCAAUUAUUAUACCAUAAUCGAAAUUUUAAAAUACAUACCAGUACAAGAAGUGGGCAAAUGUUCAUUGACCUCGACCUAGCCAAUCGAAGACCUCGUCCUCAAAAAUGCUUUUUGUUGAAAGAUAAAUAAAAAAAUUUUCAAAA